ACCGUGCCAGGAAGGGAACGGUGAGUGCCAGGGCCAUGCUCUGCCUUCCCCUGCUGCGACAGCCACCAGCAUCACCCGCGGGGUGCACACCGGUGUUACACCCCCACCCCGGGGGCUGACCCCAAAGCAGAGACCGGCUCCUGCCAAGCCAUCCCACGCUGGCUGGCCGCUCCUGCCGGCGCCGAGCGUGCUGGCUCAGGCUUGCCUUUGCUGAGCAGGAUUUAAAUACCGCAACGCGCUUCAGAACUCACCCCACCUCCGACAGAGACGGAAAAGCAGAAAGUGCAGCGGAGGGAUUUGAGACUGGAAGCCGCCGUGCCGGGGGAUGAGCUUGCAGGCCUGGAGCUCCCGGUGUUUGGAAUUACGGCUCUGACAGCAGAGUAAUCACCCUUGGGACUGAAUCGGAGCUGUUGGACACCACUGAGGCCAUUGGACACUUCCUUGCAGGGCUCGCAGCAAGUUACUGGUAGCAGCAGUGAGAUCUCAGCCCCCGGGAAUGAGAAGCCUCCACCUCUGAAGACCCCAGCCUUGGGUUUCAUGUCGCUCUGAGCCUCUGCCCUCACCCUGUCUGGCCCUGCCCGCAAUGGCCCUGUGUCUCAAGCAAGUCUUCAACAAAGACAAAACGUUCCGUCCCCGAAAGAAGUUUGAGCCGGGCACGCAGCGCUUUGAGCUGUACAAGAAAGCCCAGGCCUCGCUCAAGUCCGGGCUGGACCUGAAGGCAGUGGUGCAGCUCCCUCCUGGCGAGAGCAUCAAUGACUGGAUCGCCGUGCACGUGGUGGACUUCUUCAACCGCAUCAACCUCAUCUACGGCACCAUGUCGGAAUACUGCACGGAGAGGAGCUGCCCCAUCAUGUCCGGGGGGCUCAAGUACGAGUACAGGUGGCAGGAUGACAGCAAGUACAAGAAGCCGACCAAACUGUCGGCUCCACAGUACAUGUGCAUGCUGAUGGACUGGAUCGAGAUGCUCAUUAACAACGAGGACAUCUUCCCCACCAGGAUAGGUGUUCCCUUCCCCAAGCAGUUCCAGCAAGUUUGCACCAAGAUCCUCACCCGCCUCUUCCGUGUCUUUGUCCAUGUCUACAUCCACCACUUUGACAGCAUCAUCAACAUGGGUGCUGAGGCUCACGUCAACACCUGCUACAAGCACUUUUACUACUUCAUCAGGGAGUUCAGCCUCAUUGACCACCGGGAGCUGGAGCCUUUGAAAGAAAUGACAGAACGAAUUUGCCACUGAAGUCUUCUGGCCGGCGAACUCAGCUGGCUCACUCAGAGUCUGGUGGGACAAGACACCCGGCGGUGGAAGACCUCUUCCCAAGGACUUGCUCUGGGCAUUC